GAGAGGAAGAGGAAGAGAAGGUGGAGGAGGAAGUUGUGUGUGCGAGUGUAUGGCAUUUAUCUGAGGCGGAGAGAGAGGGUUGGAUGGAGGUUCCGAAGUCGUUGAGAGGGAAGGCGCAGCUGAGGAGUGAGGUGCAGGCGGAGAGUGUGUCGAGCCAGGUGUUGAAGUUGUUGAAGAGCGGGAGGGUGGAAGAGGAGGAGAGUGGGCCGACGAACAAGGAGUUGAUUCAGAGGAUUAAGCCGGUGGAGUUUGACAAUUAUUUGCCUAAGAAGCAGGUGCACGUUUGGAGUGAGGCGAAGGGUGGAGUGUCCAAGUCUCGGUUUUUUCCGGAAUACGGUCAUUUGUUGCUGUCUAGUUCGAUGGAUGGGAAGUUGAGGGUGUACGAGGCGCAGGGUCGUCGUCGCUGUUUGAUGACGUACGCUGCGCACAAGCACGCGGUGAGAGAUUUCGACUGGAGUCCGCAGGGGUCACACUUCAUAUCAUGUUCUUACGACAAGACGGUGAAGCUGUGGGACGCGGAGACGGGUCAGGUGACGAUGACGCUAGACAACGGUUCUUUACCGAUAGUUGGUCGGUUUUACCCGCUGGACUCGAACGUGUUUUUGGUUGGGCAGUCGGACAAGAAGAUCGUGCAGUGGGACUCUAGAGCGGGACAAACCGUUCAGGUUUACAAUCGGCAUUUGGGUGCCGUGAACACGAUUACUUGGAUUGACGACUGUCGGCGCUUCGUCACGUCCUCGGACGACAAGUCGAUUCGCGUGUGGGAGUACAACAUUCCGGUCGACAUCAAGUACAUAGCGGAGCCCUACAUGCACUCGAUGCCGAGCAUUACGCUCCACUCGAACAAGAAGUGGUUUCUUUGCCAGUCGCUGGACAACCAGAUUUUGGUUUACAGCACCAAGGACCGGUUUCGAUUGAAUCGGAAGAAAAGGUUUGCGGGGCACCUGGUGGCGGGAUACGCCUGCAACAUUUCCGUGUCUCCCGAUGGGCGCUGCGUUACUUCUGGAGAUUCGCACGGAAAUCUCAUUUUUUGGGAUUGGAAGACGACGAAGAUUCUCAAGAAGAUCAAGGCGCACGAUCACGUGUCGAUUGACGUGCAGUGGCACCCGCUCGAGCCCAGCCGACUGGUCAGCUCCGGAUGGGACAAAGUCGUCAAGCUUUGGGAUUAGAGCUCGACGCGUCCGAGAAAAAAAAAAAAAAAAGAAGAAGAAGAAGCGCAAACGAGCGCGUGCGACGGGGGGGGGGGUGUGUGUGUGUGUAUAUAUAUAUAUUGGGUAUGU